AGGUUGUGGUUAGUAGAUAGUUAGUUGAAGUGUUACUGAUAGCUUGUAGACCGUCUGUAGAGCAUCUACAGAUKGACUAUCCAAAUAAAGCGUUACCCAUCCAACAAACAUAUCACCCACACAUUAAACGAGAGAGAAUGACAGAGUGCUUCUGUUUGGCUGRGUCUUCCUUUUACGACAUUCCUGAACCGGCACAAGCAGGUUUUCCUCCAGGGAGGAAUGUUUGUUCUCUGGGCCUGUGGGGAGACUCCUGCUUCCACUGCUUCUGAUUCUCUUCCCGCUUCUUCUGCCCACUGCUUCCCGAGACUCAGAGAGACAUCUGGGACUGAGACGGAGACCAUGGCUUUCCACAACCUCUGUCUGCAGGUUCUACUGCUAACUGCCUUCCUCUCCUACUGCGCUCACUCAGAUGGCACAGYGGAGAGCAAGCUCCACAGACUACUGAAGAAAAGAGAUGUGGGCGGAGGUAUGAAGCCUGUGGGGGUGGCGGUGACCCCUUCCAAGGCCAAAGAGUUCCUGACCUCCCUACGGAGGCCCAAGAGGAACAUCUGGGACCGCAGCAGGCCAGAUGUGCAGCAAUGGAUCAUGCAGUUUAUGCACAUGGGCUAUGACGAGGCGAGGCUUGAGACUGACCUGUCCUACUGGAUGGACCUGGCCCGGUCGUCAGACCAAGGUCGCCAGCACCAUUAUGACGAGAACGCCCCCAUCGGGCCCCAGGACCCCGGUUCCUACAGACACGGCGCCAAUGUCAAUUAUGACUACUAUUAAUUGGCCCACUGUGAUUUACUCAGCUUCUCUGUCUCAACAUAAAAAUCACAUGAGCGUAAAGGGAUAGUUCUGAUAUUUUACAUAUUAAGAUAUGUGUUCCCUUAGACUACUUCAAAGGAAGGAAACAAAUGUGUUAUGUAAAAUCGCUGAACUGUCCCAAUCACAUAAGUGCUUCCCUCUCCUGCCUUCUGCAACUUAUCCCUCUGAUGCUAUUCUGCACACAUACAGUAGUGUAGCCUUCUCUGUAAUGCAAUAAAUAGAGCUAAGACAUGCUUGUCCCAGACUAUGGAUUGGGUUUCACUGUCUCUACAUUGUAUCCUUUGCUGUCUGGGAGAUUGAGACCUGCUGAUGUACAUGCUGUGAUGGGACCAACAAUGCAUUGGGUUGAUCKGUMUGAAUAACUAAAUAAAGACAGUAGUCAAAACCUUUAAUAAUUCA